GCCGGAAGUGACGAACCCCCCUCGCCCUUCGACUCGCCGCAGCCAUGGCGGCGUCCCGGGGAGCCGCGGAGCCGUUGCCCGGGGCCGGCGGCGAGUACGUGGUGGGGCAGGUGCUCGGCAGCCUCUUCCCCGGCACCGGGGCGGCGGCGCGGCCGCUGGACAGCCUCUUCCGCGCCGCCGCCCCGCCGCCCGUGCUGGUGGCCGUGCCCAGGGAAAAUAAGAAGAGAAAGCAUCCAGAAGCAGAGAAAGCAUCAGAAGAUCAGAGCUCGUCUAACAGGCAAGAACCUCCUAUAAAAGUGAAGAAAACAAGAAAAAAGGAGCUUUCAAAAGCAGGGAAAAAGUUGGCAAACAGGGAGAGUGCUUUAGAACAGGCAGAUGAAGAAGAGGAGCAAAAACUAUUUCAAAGCAAAGUGAAACGGGCUUCUCGUGCCAUCGCCAAAAGUGGUGUUAAUUCAGAAACUCUAAAACAACAAAAGAAAAAAAAUGAGGCAGAAGAAAUGAUAAAAAACAAAAGAACAGUGUUUGUUGGAAACCUACCUGUCAACUCCACUGCUCAGAUGCUGAAAUCUCUUUUUAAAGAAUAUGGACAAAUAGAAUCCAUUCGAUUCCGUUCUGUGGUUCCAGCAGAAGACACUUUAUCCAAAAAGUUAGCAGCAAUAAAGCGUAAGAUUCACCCUAACGUGAAGUACAUUAAUGCUUAUGUUGUAUUUAAAGAAGAAUGUGAUGCCAUUAAGGCUCUAAAAAAAAACGGAACAGAAAUUGCUAGCGGAUUUCACAUCAGAGUUGACAUUGCAUCAAAAAACAGUUUGCAUGACAAUAAACGUUCUGUAUUCUUGGGAAAUCUCUCAUAUGACAUCAGUGAUGAUGCCGUGAGAGAACACUUUGCUGACUGCGGAGAUGUGGUAGCAGUGCGAAUUGUGAGAGACAGGCAGACGGGCAUGGGGAAGGGCUUUGGCUACAUUCUCUUCGAGAAUACGGAUGCCGUGCAUCUCGCUCUGAAACUCAACAACUCCGAUCUGAUGGGAAGGAAGGUGCGAGUGAAGCGCUGCGUUGAGAAGGGGAAAGCCCCGCAGCGAGCUCCAAACCAGCCUCGUGGUCCUAAGGACAGAGCUCGUGCCGCGUUAAAAACCAAGGGCGUUUCUAACGGCUCGUUUGUCGGUGAAAAGGCAAGCCCGUCAACAAAGAGCACCAAAACAAAGAGACUGAAAAAAAGUGUUACCAAGAAGAAAGUUGGGAAAAACAAAUAGCCUUUUGCACAGCCCAGGGAGGCGUGUAAAGCCGUUGCGUAUUUUUAAUAAAACCUGUGAAUAGAA